AUGGUUCUCUGCUGUCAUGGCUUCUUAAAACUCGGAGCAAACAGGUUUGACAAUCUUCGACCCGAUUAUGACCACCCGAAGUCGCGGGUUUUCAGCCAAUUAGCAGCCGCCAAUAUCAUUUUCAGUCAAACCUUAGAGGUGCGUCGACAUUGUCGAAUUCGACCUCUCUCUGACCUCCCCUCUUGGGCUCCCGACUGGUCUGUGAGUGAUAGCGCAGCUCUCCUUCCCGCUCACAACUACAAUCAUACGUGGAAUGAUGCCGAAUAUAAAAGCAAGGAGGAGGAAUCCGACGAUGACAGCCAGGAGGAGGAACCUAAACAUGAAGGCCAAGAGUGCACAAUCGAUAUUGAGAACAAGGCAACCAAUGCCCUAACCGAUCCCAAAUUUGUUACGGAGCCAGCCGAGCAGGUUAAAUCACACAUGGAGCUAAAUGGAUAUCCUCGCAGGACCAAUAUACGGACUUGUGACCUCUGGGCUGACAUCCCAUCCCUAUCAAUCUCAGGGGAUAUGCGAACACUUACCGCGCAUGGCUUUAUUUGGGACAGUAUGAAAAUAUUAAGUGAUCCGUUUCCUUCAGACGUCAGCAAACAGUGGCAAAAUGCCACUCACUUCAUGAUCAACGUAGGCCAAUGUAAAGCUAUCCUAGACUCGCUCUCAGAUCACCCAAAUCCCUACCAAACUGCUCGUCGACGAUUGGAAUCAUUAUGGCGGACUCUGCGCGCGGACCACUCGGGCGAAGACGAUUAUCCCAUACCAGAUUACCUAUUCCAGCCGGACGAAGAGGAGCGCCGCGUCGGGUUCCAGGACUGGCUUCCGCCUAUCCCUAAGAAUUGGAUUCCACGAACACCUCAUGUAUCUAGUAUCUGGACUGAUCCAAGUACCGCAAGGCCGUGCACACCUACCUCGAAUUGGACGAGAUCGCCGAAGAGGAACACUUUGAUGUAG